GUAAAAGAGAAACAGAGAGAGGGGAGAGAGCAAGUGGAUGAAGGAGAAGGAGAAAUCUACAGGCAAUUGUUGCUUUAAAAAUUCAUUUCUGUCCUAGAGAAGCCAGUUGGGAUUGGAUAUUGCCACUUAAAUGGCACCAGGCAGAAGAUACAUCCAGACCACUCAAGGGGAUGGCUGAGUUUACAGAAAACGCUCACUACAUGUUUCGGUUCAUAUAUGUGGCAUCAAGAACACAGUGGAGAAUUCUUUGUUGUCUUCUGUAGAAGACGGUCAAGCUUUCUUUUGUUUUACCUGUGGAGAUUGUGGACAAUAUGAGGAACUCAGCUGCUCUGAGCCAGCCUGGGAUUCUAUUUCUUCUGGUCACAUGUCCUCUGCUGACAAUCCUGCAUGGUGUAACCUGCAGAGCAGAGAGUGGACACUUGGGGGAAAAUGAUCCUGACAGGUGUAUGAGGCAUCAUUUUGUUGAGACCAUUACACAUCCUAUUUACAAGUGCAAUUCAAAGAUGGUUCUCCUGGCUCGAUGUGAGGGUCACUGCAGCCACACGUCCCGCUCAGACCCACUGAUCUCUUUCAGCUCCGUCUUGAAGCAGCCUUUCAAGAGCACGUGUUUCUGCUGCCGUCCUCAUACCUCCAAACUGAAGGCGGUACGUCUGCGAUGCUCAGGCGGGACACGGAUAACUGCUACUUACCGUUACAUCCUUGCGUGCAGCUGUGAGGAGUGCAGCUGAAUAAAUUUGUCAUGGAUAAAAGACCCUCUGGCUGAAACACACACACAAGAAAAGUUGAAGGUAUUGCUGAUGAUUCAGAGCAAGCAUUUUACAAUUCAUUAGCACUGCUGCAAAGUUGCCAACAACCCAUCAAGACAUCAAGAAGAAUCGCAUCUCAUGUAAAGCAGCACAUGCACUGGGAUUUCCAGAUGUUGUCGCACCUGCGCGUGCGCUCAGCCUGUCAAUUUACUUUUAUUGCAUUCCAUUGUUUUGAUCACUGCAUGUGUAAAAUAGCUAGCGGAUGCCGACAACAUAAUCGUAAAUCCUGAGGGAAAUGUGAUGAAGCUGAGGGGGAGUCACUUUGGCGGACAAUGUUUUACAAAAUCUGAGAGACUUGAUACACGGACAGAAAUGCUUGCAUAGACAAUGCAGUAAAUAAGUUGGAGUUAUGUCUAGGAAAGAAAUGGAUAGUUCACCCCCUAAAAUAUCUCGGAAUCACAUGACAAAAUAUUGGGGUGAACUGUCCCUUUAUGAUCUCUGGAAUUGCUCACAUGUUCCAGCAUACAUUUUGCUUCAUUAUACCAGCUUAAUAUUUAAACAAAGAAAAAUACACUUGUAAUGAUCAUAUUGCCAAUUUUAGACUUUGUAAAGCUAUUUUUUUUUUUUUUUUUUUUUACUGUGGAGUUCACUGCAGUCUACCAUGCCAGACUGUAUGUGGAAAAUGUAUGUGUGUGUUUAUUUCAUCAUCAAAGUCUCACAAUGACUCUUGACAUAAUAUCAGCAAGUUGUCAAGCUAAUCAUGUACAGUUAUGAUAACUAUGAUGUUUGCCUUGUGGAAUUGUACAGUAAUUGAUGAGUACUAUAUAUAUAUAUA